AUAAAAAUUACAAAGAAAGAGGAAGAAAAUGCGAGAUAUCGCUACACUGAAAUCGAUAGUUUUCUCCUUGGCCGCGAACUUCGGUCGCGCUACUAGCGUCAUUUCUCGUGAUCAGUCGCACUUUCCGUAUCUUGAAAGUAUCGGAAAAUUGUGAGAAAAGGGACAAGAGACUCAGUUAGUGGGAGAAGGGAUGUCUAUGUGAAAAAAGAAAGAGAAUUCGCGAUAGAUUUGCUUAGGAAAGACGAUGCGUGACUACAGUCCAUGAUGUAACUCAACGUCCUUACUACGCGCCGAGUUGCACGAGAUUAAUACGUCUGCGGCGGAGAAUGGUGGGUUACCAUCAAAUAAAGCAGAUGACAAAUUUGAGUACGAUGUCAGCGAGUAACCAGGAGGUAUCAACCAUGGAGCCACUAAAUCCGGUAAAAAGUCUCGUAUGCAGUCCGGAUUUGAGCGUAUUCACACCGGCAUGCAGUAGCGAGACUCUAUCGGCAAACGUCGAGGAAAAGACGUAUCAGUGCUUGCUGUGUCAGAAAGUUUUUGAUCAGAAGAGCUUGUAUCAGACUCAUUUGCGUUCGCACGGUAAAGAAGGCGAAGAUCCUUACCGAUGCAAUAUUUGCGGGAAAACUUUUGCGGUACCUGCGCGACUGACUAGACAUUAUCGUACGCACACGGGUGAAAAACCAUAUCAGUGCGAAUAUUGUAGUAAAUCGUUUUCUGUAAAAGAGAAUUUAAGUGUACAUCGUCGUAUACAUACGAAAGAACGGCCUUACAAGUGUGACGUGUGCGAACGUGCAUUCGAACAUAGUGGGAAGCUGCAUCGGCAUAUGCGAAUACACACCGGAGAACGGCCGCACAAGUGUACAGUCUGCUCGAAAACGUUCAUCCAAAGUGGACAGUUGGUAAUACAUAUGCGCACACAUACUGGGGAAAAACCGUAUGUUUGCAAGGCCUGCGGCAAGGGAUUCACUUGUUCCAAGCAACUGAAGGUGCAUACGCGUACGCAUACCGGGGAAAAACCUUAUACUUGCGACAUCUGCGGCAAAUCUUUCGGUUACAAUCAUGUUCUCAAAUUGCAUCAGGUUGCCCACUAUGGUGAAAAAGUUUACAAGUGUACAUUAUGUCACGAGACAUUUGGUUCAAAAAAGACAAUGGAGUUACAUAUUAAAACUCAUUCAGACUCAUCGGUCGCUGGCUCUCCUAGGGACUCACCAAUUGAGCCAGAGAUUGAGAUCUCGCAGACAAACAGUGUAGGCACUGCCAGUGAUAAGGAGAACCACAAGACUGAAGAACCAAGUGACGAUGCUGCUAUUUACGACGACACUCCGCGAGAUUUUCCUUACUACAUGUAUUCCAGAGAGCAGUAUUCGCAACCACUCUUGAUGCCUAGUGAAGACAAAGCUUUUCAAACAACAUCCGCAAUUUCUAUUGAACAGCCUCAUUUGUUUCGGUAUCCUGAAGUUUCUUCAACGUAUACUGACUUUGGAAUUCAAACUAAUGAGUUUGUCAGUGACUGUUCGUCCCUUCUCAAUUUACCAGGAAAUGAUGCCCGUAGAAGAGUGGAGGCUGCGCUAGAAGCAGUCGAAGAAGAAAGACAGAGGGAAUAUGGAAUCAGGAUUGAAAGAGAACCGAUUCUAACUCCUCCAAGUAGUAAUCCUGUAAGUCCUGUACCUUCACCAGAUCCUCUUGAUUUGGCAAUUCCAGUACGAGAAACGUUAAUCCUUCCUCCAAGAAAACGGUGUAAAAUGAUCUUGGAAUCGAUGGAAAGUGAGAGAAAUGGCCUCAUUGCCUCUCAAAGACAGAACACUGUUAUUCAGUUUGCAAAAGCAUCAUAGUGCAAAUAUUGUGGAAAAAGUUAACGAUGAACCAGUGAUAAUUUCAUAGACAUAAUCUGAAUUUUGUGGGGAAAUGUAAAGAUAACAGGGAUAUUCUUUUGAAUGGCUCGCGUCGCCGAUCGAGAUGAAAUUUGAAGAAUGUUGUGAGGAGCCAUUCUGAGAGAAUCCCAGAUAUGAAAUUUCAACUUUGAGAAUUUAUCUACUCGGAAGAUAUGUUUAACAAUUUUACGAAAGACAAAGAUUUUUAAAAUUGUAAGACCUAAUCUAUCUUCCGAACGACAAAAAAUUUCCGAAAGUGAAAUUUUGUAUUUGGGAUUCCUGUUACAUCUGCGAUCGGCAAUGAGAACCAUACGGAAGUCAGGAUUAGAUAGGUGUUCAGAGUAGCGAUGGGCUGGAAAAAUUCAUAUAACUAGUAUUAAAAGUUACGAAAAGCAUCAAUUCCUGACCGGUUCAGAC